GCUGUUGGGAGGGAUUUGGUGAACGGAAUGGUAUAGUUUGUUUGUAAACAGUUGUGAGAAUUAACCUUGCAACUCUUUAGACUUUAAUUUAAACUAGUUCAAAAUACUUAAUAUUUAAUCCUUUUGAAUAUUCAAUUAAACUGUAAAUAUGCCUACUUGGAAUCAAAUUCAGUCUCAGUUGAGAAAUCCAAACAAUCCAGUCGUAUUCUUUGACAUAAGUGUUGGCGCAACGGAAAUUGGCAGGAUGGUAAUGGAGCUGUUUGCUGAUGUUGUGCCCAAGACAAGUGAAAACUUCAGACAGUUUUGCACCGGAGAGUACCGCAAGGAUGGUGUUCCUCUCGGCUUCAAGGGAGCAACAUUCCAUCGAGUCAUCAAAGACUUUAUGAUCCAAGGUGGAGAUUUUGUAAACGGAGACGGCACAGGAGUUAUGAGUAUAUACGGAGGCGGAACAUUUUUAGAUGAAAAUUUUAUAAUAAAACAUGAUGCUCCAGGAUUGCUGUCAAUGGCCAACAGUGGAAAGGACAUGAAUGGGUGCCAGUUCUUUGUGACAUGUGCCAAGUGUAACUUUCUGGACGGUAAACACGUUGUGUUCGGCCGAGUGGUGGACGGACUCUUGGUGAUGCGAAAGAUCGAGAAUGUGCCGACUGGACCCAAUAAUAAACCAAAAAUACCUGUUGUUAUAUCUCAGUGUGGCCAAAUGUAAUAUAGCUAUAAGAGUUUUUAUACUGUUAAA